AUUUCAAUUAAUUAGUGAACUCAACAGUGUAGUCUCCUUUGGUUGAACAACUUUAUUUUAGUAUUAUAUUUUCCUUCAAAAAGCUUUUGCCGGUCGAAGCACUCAAUCCUCGUGUUCUUAUAUAUAAGAUUGUGAUGUUUAUGGCCUCAUCUCAUGCUCUGAACUUGUUGUUUUCCAUUGGUGUUUGGUGCUCUGCUUAUCUCACUGUUGCAAUCAUCUCCUAUCUCCGUGUUUUCAGCUCUCUUUGCUCUUUCUGAUCAUAGUUUACUCUCAAGAAAACGAUUAAAAAUGGGUUAUGCUCAGCUUGUUAUUGGCCCUGCUGGCAGUGGAAAGUCUACUUAUUGUGCUAGUUUGCAUAAACACUGUGAGACGGUUGGCCGGACAAUCCACAUUGUUAAUCUAGAUCCUGCUGCUGAGAAUUUUAACUAUCCUGUUGCAACGGAUAUCAGGGAACUUAUUUCGUUGGAUGAUGUUAUGGAGGAACUUGGUCUUGGUCCUAAUGGUGCUCUAAUGUACUGCAUGGAUGAACUUGAAGAAAAUUUGGAUGACUGGUUGGCAGAAGAGCUGGAAAAUUACACGGAUGAUGACUAUCUAGUUUUUGACUGUCCAGGCCAGCUAGAACUUUAUUCACACGUUCCAGUGCUUCGGAACUUUGUGGAGCAUUUAAAGCGUAAAAAUUUCAAUGUCUGCGCUGUAUACUUGCUCGAUUCUCAGUUCGUCACGGAUGUGACUAAGUUUAUUAGCGGGUGUAUGGCAUCUCUUUCUGCUAUGAUACAACUUGAAUUGCCUCAUGUUAAUAUCCUCUCCAAAAUGGACCUUGUAACCAAGAAAAAGGACAUUGAAGACUACUUGAAUCCGGAGUCUCGAGUUUUGCUUUCAGAACUAAAUAGUCGAAUGGCUCCUCAAUUUGCAAAGCUUAAUAAGGCUUUAAUUGAACUGGUCGAUGAGUAUAGCAUGGUGAGUUUUGUGCCACUUGACUUGAGGAAGGAGAGUAGCAUAGAAUAUGUGUUGGCUCAAAUUGACAAUUGCAUCCAGUACGGAGAAGACGCAGACGUUAAGAUCAAAGAUUUUGAUGCAGAUGAUGAUGAGUAGAUUUAUGGUUUAUAAGCGUUCCUUAAUUGUUGAUAUGCUUGGAUUGCAGUCCUUCGCCGGAUUGAUAUCAUGAACUUAUAAAAAUGCGUAUACGUUUGUAGAUAAACUUGAGAAAGAUGGUGAGUUUUGCAGCAAGGCUUCGCUCUUGCUAUAUACCAAAGUUUCAAUAUCGUCCCCAAGUUAAUGAUCAACGAUCAUUUUGGUCCCCUCUCGAAAUGCAAACAAAUUAUUGUUUUGUUGUUUGGAAUGUAUGAUGUGAUUUGUUUUGCA